UUCAUGUAUAGUGGAUAUAAAACCUAUGUGUUUAAGUGUUUCUAUUUUUUAUUAGGCCUAAUGUGUUUAUUAUCUUUUAAAUUUGUGAAAUACUUUUUUAAUUAAAAUGUUAACCGACAUGACCGCCGCCGCUGGACAAUUUUACGGUUCACAAAUUCCUGCCAUAACUAUGAAUGUUAAAGCCGGUGUUGGACUUACAGAACACCCUAGUCUACGCGGAACACCGCUGGCCAUGUUGGCAGCACAAUGCAACAAGUUAUCUAAUAAAUCUCCACCACCACUUGCAGACGCUGCGGUCGGAAAAGGAUUUCACCCGUGGAAAAAGAGUCCGCAAAGUGCACCGUCUCCCAAUCAGGCAACGACGGGGAACUCCGCUGCCAAUUCUUUAUCAGCGCAAAGAUCAUCGGCCUCCAGUAGUCCUUACUCUUCUAGACCUGUGAUGACUUCCUGUUCUAGCGUCCCGACCUCUUCGUCUUACGGAAGCGAUCUCUAUUUUCCAGGUGCCACUACGCAAUCGAACGUUGGUGAUAACUCUCACAUCCACCACCACCAGAAUGCUCUUUUGGGGAAGGUGGAAAGUGCCGCGACUGCUCAUCACGCCGCGCUCGGAUCGGUUUAUUCCCGCCACCCUUACGAAUCUUGGCCUUUUAAUACGAUGUCGAGUGCGUCACAUCACGGUGCCAUAAAAAGUGAUUCGGUAGGAUCCGCGAACACUUGGUGGGACGUGCAUUCGGCGACCGCCGGUAGUUGGUUAGACAUGAGCGGUGCCGCGGGAAUGCACGCUCAAAUGGCGGCGGCCAAUUACGCCACAUCAGAUUAUUCGUCAUUAACGCAUUCGCUCGCAGCCUCUAAUCAUUUGUUAUCUUCUGGUCAACAUCUUUUACAAGACACUUAUAAAUCGAUGUUGCCCACUGCCCAAACUGUAAGUGCUUCGUUUGGACUCCAUCAUACGGGAUCGGCUCCCUCACCUACCUCCACAUCGGCAAGCUUGCCUCCACAAGUUCCAUCUCCAAGAUCUCAGAGAAGGUAUACGGGGCGUGCCACUUGUGAUUGUCCAAACUGCCAAGAGGCCGAAAGACUGGGACCUGCAGGUGUACACUUAAGGAAAAAAAAUAUUCACAGCUGUCACAUUCCCGGUUGUGGAAAGGUAUACGGAAAGACUUCUCAUUUAAAGGCUCAUCUAAGGUGGCACACGGGCGAAAGGCCGUUCGUGUGCAAUUGGUUGUUUUGCGGAAAAAGAUUUACGCGAUCCGACGAACUGCAACGACACCUUCGAACGCAUACGGGGGAAAAGAGGUUCGCUUGUCCGGUAUGUAACAAAAGAUUUAUGCGAUCGGAUCAUUUAGCCAAACAUGUGAAGACGCAUAAUGGAAACGGCAAAAAAGGAAGUUCGGAGUCUUGUAGUGAUUCGGAGGAGAAUAGUCAAAGCGAUUUAACAAACAACGUUAAUUCUCCAACGUCUAUAAACCACACGCCACCUCCGUCGGCACCUUUAGGCUUGGAUAUAGUUUCCAGCAUAGACGUUAAACCUCCGGGAUUAGUCUGAGGUCGGUGGGGACCUACGCUGCUUUAUCCAAACUACGGUCGUUAGCGGCUAGGCCCCUAUUACCUACUUUCGAAAAAAAUUGUAUAAAAUUAUUGUGAAUGGACAAACAUCUUAAUAAUAACGCCCCGCGCUUAUGUAAAACAUGUGUAAAUAUGUAUUGAAUAUACAUACCUCUAUUUAAUUAUACCGACUCCAGUGAGCUAUACCUACCUACACACGCAUGACACAUGGGAUCGUAAAUGGUGGUAACUGACAGAGACAGUAUCCAUAUAUCUACACCUAUAUAUCAUGGAUGUGUGUUUAUGUACAUAUGUAUUAAUGUAUAUUGUUAUUUCUAAUAUCAUUUUGCUAGUGUGUAAGUUACGACGAUGUUACGGUGGUUGGCCGUUGAGAAACGUAGGGAACUACCAACAAUUUGAUAUGCAUAUCACAUCUGUAUUAAUUUGAUGAUCGCCUCGCUACGAGUAUUAACGAUAUUCUGUUUUUUUUAAUAAAUUAUUUAUUAACUAUUUUUUACACUGUAACAUGUACUUACUCAUUUGAUGCAAAUCUUCCACGUUUCUCUUCUCGCCAAACAUCAUGUGACUGUAAAAUUGUACCUCUUUGUAAAUUUCUGCAGCUUUUGUGAA